GGACCGAUAACAGAGCAUCCCAGUUGUUUCACGGAUCGUGUUCGAUCGUAAUCAACGUGCGCACUUUACAUCUGGACGUAUAAAGAAAACGUAGGACAACACGUGUCUUGAAGGAUCUAUCCCGUUGCGGUAAGAACUCGACGGCGGAUGAUCACCUAACGACGUGGAAUUUCAUUCCUGUUCCGGUAGCCACGAGAACGGAUAUCCAACCGCAUAAAUGAUGCGGAUCUCUACGUGGUGUCGAUUAUUACCCUGCAUCUUGAGCGGCCUUGUGCCCCUCGACGCCCUGCCGGAGGCGAGCGACCAUCCCGGAUGGUCGUUGCUGAAUCACGAGAGAUGUGGUGUCAGCAACACCGACCGUAUAAUCGGGGGUAGAAAUGCAUCUUUGGGUGCUUAUCCUUGGAUUGCGAGGAUCGGUUACGCCUCAGUCGACGAGGACGCGGGGAACGCAACGGCGAAAGAACGACACCUCGAGUACAAAUGUGGGGGAACCUUGAUAAACCAAUUUUACGUAGUCACAGCAGCACACUGCGUUAUCAAUUUACCGCCCAAAUAUCGCGUAGCGGGCAUCCGUCUGGGCGAGCACAACACCGAGACGAAUCCGGAUUGCGAAGGUGGAUAUUGCGGCGAUCCUGUACAAGAUGUUGCUCCGGAGCGCGUUAUCGUGCACAAGGGGUACGACAACCCUCGAUUCAGCAACGAUAUAGCUCUCGUUAGAUUGUCGAGUCCGAUCCGAUUUAACGACCUCGUCGGUCCGAUCUGCAUGAUCCGGGGUACGCUGCUCGGCAAAAAUUACGUUGGAGAAACCGCGGAGGUCGCCGGAUGGGGAAUAUACGAUAUACAUUCUCAAAAGACCAGCAAAAUACUCCAAACCGUAAAGCUGCCGCUCGUCGAUCUGGAGAGAUGCAAACGAGCUUUCAGAUUCAGGGCGCAAAUCGGACACGAACAGUUGUGCGGAGGUGGGAUACUCGGUGAAGAUUCUUGCGCGGGUGACAGCGGAGGACCCGUGAUGAAGGUCGAGGCUCUGGAUGGACCCCCGAGAUAUUACCUCAUCGGCGUCGUAUCGUUCGGCGUCAUGCAUUGCGGUGAAUCCACGACGCCCGCUGUCUACACGAAGAUGUCGGAGUACGCCUCGUGGAUAUUGGAGAAUAUCGAACCCUUCCUACUCUGCGUCAGAUUUCGAUUUAAGAUGGGGCAUCUCAACUACAAUUAUUUCAUCUCCUUGAUCCUGCGGACCGCUUUAUUACUCCAAGUUAUUUCGCCCGCAGUGCUUUCACAACGAAGCUACCAGCGAGCUAACGAUUGCCAAACUCCCAGAAAUGCUCCUGGCUAUUGCGUCGAAAUAAGUCAAUGCGAUGAGCUAGUUCAGCUUCUUCAGGCCCGUCCUCUUCGCAACGACGCCUACGACCUUCUCAAACAAUCGCAUUGCGGAUUUCAAGGUAAAGACCCGAAGGUCUGCUGCCCCAGCCUCGGGACGUCCACCCGUCCGCGCGGCGAUCAAGCGAACCCCGGGGUCGUCACCGAUAACUCCGGACCGACGAACGUCGGCACGUGGGACUUGUCCUCCAACAGAAACUUGCCCAGCGAAUGCGGAGAGGAUCUAACCCAGAGAGUGGUGGGCGGGGAGAGGACCGAUCUCUCCGAGUUCCCCUGGAUGGCCCUUUUGGAGUACACGAAACCGAACGGUAGAACCACCGCCUGCGGAGGGGUACUGAUAAGCAAGCGUUACGUCAUGACGGCGGCGCACUGCAUCAAAGGGAAGGACCUCCCCAAGUCGUGGAACCUCGUCGGCGUCAGGCUCGGCGAAUACGACACGAGCACCGACAGGGACUGUCUUCCCGACGGCAGGGACAGCGUGUACUGCGCCGACGACCCCGUCACCGUCGGCAUCGAGGAACAGAUCGCUCACGAGGACUACAAGCCCCAAUCGCGGGACCAGAGCAACGACAUCGCGCUGCUCCGACUGUCUCGCGACGUCCCAUUCACCAGCUUCAUCAGACCGAUCUGCCUUCCCCCGAACUCAUCGACCUCCUCGAGGUUCUUCUUCGUGGCCGGGUGGGGAAAAACGGAGACCAGGUCCGAGUCCAACGUCAAAUUGAAGCUGAAGAUACCGCUGGCCGAACCCGCGCAGUGCUCGAGCGUCUACCAGGCCGCCUCUAUAAAUCUAGGAAGUAGCCAGCUCUGCGCCGGUGGCGAGAGAGGUCGAGAUUCCUGCCGGGGUGACUCCGGGGGGCCGUUGAUGUCCGUCGCCAUGAGCAACAGGGGCACCCUGCAGUGGACGGCCGCGGGCAUCGUGUCCUUCGGACCUUCGCCCUGCGGUAUGCAGAACUGGCCCGGCGUUUACACCAGAGUAUCCAGUUUCAUGCCGUGGAUCCUGUCGAAGAUCAGAGCGUAGCGGGUACAUGGUGUGGACGAUGUGAUAACGACUUCCGAUCGUCGAAGAAAUUGCAUACAACCACAGGUCCGAAGUAGGAAAACCGAUCGAGGAAAUGGACGGAUGGAGCCGCUGGUCGCAGGAUUCGAGGUGCACACCGACGACAACCUUGACGCGUUGCGAUCGUACGGAGGAUUACUUUGACGAGGUCGUCGGCGACAUACGAUGCAUUCGUGAUAUUUCGUUUAAUCAAUAUUGACAAGCUUCGGUACUGAUAUAUAGAUAUUUGAAAAUUCUUAAA